AUCAUUGUCAUUACUUAUAUGCAGGUGUAUAUAUUAAAGGUAUAAUGGACACGAAUGAGACGCUCAACCCUCUGUUUAAUUCGACAAAAAACGACCAGGCGGACGCGACACCCCCUUGGAACUACGUUUUGCCUUUUAUAGGCGUGAUUUCUACUAUAUGCGUCGGGGUGAUGGUAACAAUGUUCUAUCUCAAUUUUAGAAAGCCUGAGAAAACAGACAUUGAGUCACAUGAGUCUGAGGGAGAAGACGUCGAAGACCAUGUCCACUUUGACGAUAGCGAAUCGGAUGACAGCAGUCAUGAAACCCAACAUCUAGCCUCGACUAGUGUAUAGUUGACCAAGCUGCAUUCUUUACGACAAUAUACAAAAUAUCUAUCUUUUGUACAAUCGUCACUUACCGGGACCAUUUCUAAGGGUGAACUAUGACCCCGGGACCAUGACAGACUCGCGUCUAAGCAAAUCGAAAGUAAAGAGAGUUCCAAAAUGACCCGGCCGUCGUAAUGUUUGUGGAUACAUAUUGUAUGAAUGUUGAACAACUGGCAGAAUGAUAAUCUUGGGGCGACGAUGGACCUUAAAAAUGCCUUAUUCCAUCAUCUUCUCUUCAAACGGACUGAGACCUCACGCCUAAUUCAGCCAAUGUGGCCGUGCUUGUUAUUCAUA